CUCCACGGGGCCCGGAGGAGGCCCCGGGACGCCGCCCGCCGCCCGAGAGGCCCAGGUCGGCUUCGAGUUUAUUGAAAGGGAGCAAGCAACAAGCAUGGCUGCAAAGGAGAAAUUGGAGGCAGUGUUAAAUGUAGCCCUACGGGUUCCAAGCAUCAUGCUUUUAGAUGUCCUGUACAGAUGGGAUGUCAGCUCCUUUUUCCAGCAGAUCCAAAGAAGUAGUCUCAAUAACAACCCUCUCUUCCAGUACAAGUAUUUGGCGCUUAACAUGCAUUAUGUUGGUUACAUCUUAAGUGUUGUCCUCCUCACCUUGCCUAGACAGCAUCUAGUUCAGCUAUACCUGUAUGUCCUGACUGCAUUACUUCUCUACGCUGGGCACCAGAUAUCUAGGGAUUAUGUUAGAAGUGAGCUGGAGUCAGCCUAUGAAGGACCAAUGUACUUAGAACCCCUAUCUAUGAAUCGUUUCACUACAGCUCUAAUAGGUCAGUUGGUAGUGUGUACAUUGUGCUCCUGUGUCAUGAAAACUAAACAGAUAUGGCUUUUUUCGGCUCACAUGCUUCCUCUGCUGGCACGACUCUGCCUUGUACCUUUGGAAACUAUCGUUAUAAUCAACAAAUUUGCUAUGAUUUUUACUGGGUUGGAAGUCUUAUAUUUUCUUGCCUCCAAUCUUCUAGUUCCAUACAAUCUUGCUAAAUCUGCAUACAGAGAGUUGGUUCAGGUAGUGGAAGUUUAUGGCCUGCUGGCUCUGGGGAUGUCUUUGUGGAAUCAACUGGUGGUCCCAGUGCUAUUCAUGGUCUUCUGGCUUGUCUUGUUUGCUCUUCAGAUUUACUCCUAUUUCAGCACACGGGAUCAGCCGGCUUCUCGGGAGAGGCUUCUUUUCCUUUUUCUGACAAGUAUUGCCGAAUGCUGUAGCACACCAUACUCCCUCCUGGGUCUGGUAUUCACGGUUUCUUUUGUUGCUCUUGGUGUUUUGACCCUUUGCAAGUUUUACUUGCAGGGUUACCGGGCCUUCAUGAAUGACCCUGCAAUGAAUCGGGGGAUGACAGAAGGAGUUACACUUCUAAUUCUGGCAGUACAGACCGGCCUAAUAGAACUGCAAGUUGUUCAUCGAGCAUUCCUGCUCAGUAUUAUUCUCUUCAUUGUGGUUGCUUCUAUCCUCCAGUCCAUGUUAGAAAUCGCAGAUCCUAUUGUUCUGGCGCUGGGAGCAUCUAGAGACAAGAGCCUAUGGAAACACUUCCGUGCUGUCAGCCUUUGUUUGUUCUUAUUGGUAUUCCCUGCUUAUAUGGCCUACAUGAUUUGCCAGUUUUUCCACAUGGACUUUUGGCUUCUUAUCAUUAUCUCCAGUAGCAUCUUGACUUCCCUGCAGGUUCUGGGAACUCUUUUUAUUUAUGUCUUAUUUAUGGUCGAAGAAUUCAGAAAAGAGCCUGUGGAGAACAUGGACGAUGUCAUCUACUAUGUGAAUGGCACCUACCGGCUGUUGGAAUUCCUCGUGGCUCUCUGUGUCGUGGCCUAUGGUGUCUCGGAAACCAUUUUUGGGGAGUGGACUGUAAUGGGCUCGAUGAUUAUCUUUAUCCAUUCUUACUACAAUGUUUGGUUGCGAGCCCAGUUGGGGUGGAAGAGUUUCCUGCUCCGCAGAGAUGCUGUGAAUAAGAUCAAAUCGUUGCCCAUUGCUACAAAAGAGCAGCUGGAGAAACACAAUGAUAUUUGUGCCAUCUGCUACCAGGACAUGAAAACUGCUGUGAUUACUCCAUGUAGUCAUUUCUUCCAUGCGGGUUGCCUUAAGAAAUGGCUCUAUGUGCAAGAGACCUGCCCUCUGUGCCACUGCCAACUUAAAAACUCCUCCUAUCUCCCAGGGUUAGGACCAGAUGCAACUCAACAGCCUAAUCCUGGGGCAGAGCAAAACAUUGGUCCUCAACAAGAAACUGACCCCCCAGGUGUAGAACAUCCUGCAGGGACAAAUGGCAGUGGCCCCAGUGAUGGUAAUGGACUAGUUGUUGAAAGGCCAGAGAGCCAAGAAGAAACCGUUGGCAGCAAAUAAUAUAAUCUGGUUCCUGAAACUUGUCCUGUUGCGGGCAUCCAGGCAGAGGAAAGGAGGCAAGAACUGCAGGGAACUGCAGGAGGAUUUAACUCAAGACUGAAUGUGUGUCUGGAUUUGAAGAACAGAGGAGAUGAUGUUUCUCCAGGAAUAGACAUUCCAGAGAUCCAGGAAAAUGCUCUCAGUAGACCACUUGCUUCUACCCCUUGGCAUUGUGAAAAAGUUUUACGGUUAUUGCUGGUGGAAAUGUAUGUAUGUAGCCCAGGCUGAUAUUUGAUAGAGAUCUGCCAAGAAAUUCAAUCUCAACAACUUCAGAAACUGCCACUGAAUUGUAAGAGAUUAAAUCAACUCAAAACUUCAAUAUUUGCAAGAGGAUAAGACAAAAAGGUUAAAAUCUGAGAGAGCUCUCUGCAAGGGAAAAAGCAGGCAUGUGCUGGAAAGACAUUUCGCUUUGUACGAGGAAUGGUUAGCCUUGUCCCAAAGUUUCAGAGAUAGGUAUUAGAGACUAUUGACCGCAUAGAUGUCCGUUUCCCCCCACCCCCCAUGCCCGCCCCCCCGACUUGAUUGGAACUCAGUCGUGGUGUUGGAGUUUUGUACUGAAACCAAAUCAAGAAUGUUAAAGCGUCGAUUGUAUUGGAGGUUGAACCGUGCUAAUACGUCAUCUCUGCAUUAGGCUUUGGGGUUGGGGUAGGGGCAUGGAAAUUACAUUUGCAUUCAUGUAAUCUGUAAUGACUCUUGAAAUUUAUGACGGAGUCUUCAGCCUUUUGAUGUAUAUGAAUUUUUGUUAAUAUUGUAUACUGUACUGGCUGUGUGACGUAAACUAAAGCUCUUGUGAACACUUUGUCGUCCACUCCGAAGUAAGGGACACAAGUGAGAUGAGCUUUAGGGCACAGAUAAAGGCCCCACUUGUACUUUCUAAUCCUGUGUAAUGUUUAAUUCUUGCAACUGAAUCAAAACAGUGUUAAAUUUGGGCAAUGUUUGCACUUUGGAAAUGAAUACAUCACUGUAUGACCAAACCGCAGAUGCCAUUUUUAAAGCUGUUGAUAGACUUUGCACCUUUUCUUUGACAAGGAUGUGUCGUAUUUAAAUUUUUACAUUCAUCAUGGCUUCAGGUAGAACUGGGGAGGGGGGGAAGGCAAUUUUUUAUGUGAAUUUUGAUAUGAAAAGAAACUAGUCAUUUAUUUAUACAAUAGGCUUGGCUCUAAAAGGUGUUUUUCAAAGUUGGUAAAUCCUAAUGUGAAUUGUGACAUUUUUCUUUUUAGUAGCAAAUUUGGAUGUAGACUGACGGACAAAACUGAAUGUCUUAAUAAAUUAAGUUUGAAGACUUUUA